ACCGCAUUUGGAUUUUGGAUGGUAGAGAACACCGAAGACGCGCUGGCGAGCCACCAAAACAACCUUCUCUCUCUCUCUAUACUCACGCAAACACGUUUUCAUCUUCACUAAUGCUUGCGAAUUGGUCUUUGAUUAACUGCAUCAGAUUCGUAUCUCAAUCCUCGAUCUAAGUUAGUAUGUUCUUUAGAUUCUGAUUGUGAAUCCUGUUAUUUCUUCUCAAUUUCGCGCUUGAAUCCUGUUGAUUUGUGAAUCGGAUCUAAGCUGAGGGAAGAAAAGGUAUCCUGUUAAUGGCUUCUGCUAAAACGUCUCGUCCGAGGUCAUUAGCGGUUACUCCGGCAAAAGGCACCAAGGAAUCCGGUUCAAAGCUUGAGGAAAACCUCAACGUCUUUAAGUCUGAUAAUUUCGAUGCAGAUGCCUUCGUCCAGGCUAAAUGUCAUACGUUGAACGAGAAGGAAAUAAGGCAACUAUGUACCUAUCUUGUGGAUUUAAAGAAGGCUUCCGCUGAGGAAAUGCGCAGAAGUGUGUAUGCGAAUUAUACUUCCUUCAUCCGUACAUCAAAGGAGAUAUCUGAUUUAGAAGGGGAACUUUCAUCUAUCAGAAACUUACUAUCUACUCAGGCAACUUUAAUUCAUAGUUUAGCCGAUGGAGUUCAUAUAGAUUCAUUGUCAGACACCAUUCCUUUGGAGUAUUCUAUAAAUGAACCAUUAGAUCACGACGGAAAAGAAUCCAGUGAGAUGGAGAAUUACCUCAUAGAAUUGCCUGAUCUACUUGAUGUCCUAUUGGCUGAGAGAAGAGUGGUUGAAGCUCUACAAACUCUUAGUGAAGGAGACAAUAUUAUUUCUGAAGCAAGACAAAAGAAAAUUCUAACCCCAAAAGUGCUCAUGACACUAGAAACAGCAAUUAUAGGAAGGAGACAAAAGCUAGCUGAUCAACUAGCUGAAGUGGCCUGCCAACCUUCCACCAGGGGUAAUGAGCUUCGUGCAGCUAUUUCAGCUCUAAAAAAGCUAGGUGAUGGCCCUCGCGCUCACAGUUUAUUACUCAAUGCGCAUUAUCAAAGGUAUCAGUAUAACAUGCAAAGUCUUCGUCCAUCAAGCACCUCUUACGGAGGAGCAUACACAGCCGCGCUGUCGCAACAUGUAUUCUCUGCCAUUGCUCAGGCAGCUAGUGAUUCCCUACUUAUUUUUGGUAAGGAUCCAGCUUAUGCUUCUGAGCUUGUGAUGUGGGCUACAAAACAAACUGAGGCAUUUGCACUUCUUGUCAAAAGACAUGCAUUGGCUUCAUGUGCAGCUGCUGGAGGUUUAAGGGCGGCAGCAGAAUGCGUGCAAAUAGCUUUAGGACAUUCAUCUUUACUUGAAAGCCGUGGCUUGUCACUUUGUCCUGUGCUUUUGAAGCACUUUAGACCCAGUGUUGAACAAGCUCUCGAAGCUAAUUUAAAACGUAUAGAAGAGAGCACUGCUGCAUUGGCUGCUGCUGAUGAUUGGGAACUUACUUAUCCUCCAGCUGUCACACGUCAACAUGGAAGAUAUUCAGCUACAUCCGUUGGUGCUACUGGGUCAUAUCAACAUAAACUGUCUACUAGUGCUCACCGAUUCAAUUUGAUGGUCCAGGAUUUCUUCGAGGACGUGGGUCCACUUCUCAGCCUGCAGCUGGGUGGUAAAACAUUGGAAGGUUUAUUCCAUGUGUUUGAUUCCUACAUUAACCUUCUUAUAAGAGCAUUGCCUAGUUCCGUGGAGGAAGACUCAUAUCUUGACGGUUCUGGAAAUAAAAUUGUUGGAGUAGCUGAAACUGAAGCACAACAAGUUGCAUUGCUUGCAAAUGCGUCACUGUUAGCAGAAGAACUACUACCGCGUGCAGCGAUGAAACUUGCCCCAUUGAAUCAGGGAAAUUACAAUGAUGAUAUCCGUAGAAGACCCUCUGAUCGGCAAAAUCGCCAUCCUGAGCAAAGAGAAUGGAAGAGGCGUCUAGUGAGUUCAGUUGAUAAACUCAAGGAUACUUUCUGUAGACAACAUGCUCUGGAUCUUAUUUUUACCGAGGAAGGUGAUAGUAGCCUUAAUGCAGACAUGUAUAUAAAUUUGGAUGGGAAUGCAGAUGAAAUAGACUGGUUUCCUUCGGCUAUUUUCCAGGAACUUAAUAUAAAACUUAAUAGGAUAGGUAGCAUUGCUGCAGAUAUGUUUGUGGGAAGGGAAAGGUUUGCUUUGUUGCUCUUCAUGAGGCUCACAGAAACAGUCAUCUUAUGGCUUUCUGAUGACCAGAGUUUUUGGGAUGAUAUUGAGGAAGGGCCAAGACCUUUAGGUCCUCUUGGUCUUCAACAGUUCUACUUGGAUAUGAAGUUUGUCCUUUGCUUUGCAUCACAAGGACGUUUCAUGUCAAGGAUUCUCCAACGAGUCAUCAAUGAAAUCAUAAACAGAGCAAUGGCUGCAUUUGCUGCAACAGGAUUGGAUCCAUACAGUGUACUCCCAGAAGAUGAAUGGUUUAAUGAGAUCUGCAUAGAAGCAGCCGAGAGAUUAAGUGGUAAACCAAAAGGUAUCAAUGGCGAAAGAGAUCCCAAUAGCCCAACUGCCUCCAUAUCUGCACAAUCAGUUUCGUCUAUCAGAUCUCAUGGGAGUGGUUAAUUCGAUUUCCCCCAUCUUCUUCCCCAUAUGAUCGAUGUAUAUUGAAUCUGAAUCACCUUCUCCAUCUUGUAUUUAUAGGUCCCUUUUUCUUUUUCUUGUCCCUCAUUAGUUGUUGGCGUUUGUUGCAAUUUCUCCUUUUCUCUGUAUCGAUCUUUUAGUCAACAACAUAAAAUUCUGUCAUGUUCAUGUGAUAUAGGAGAGACUAUGUAAUUUGGUGCAUUGAUGAAUUUGGACAAGAGUUGUUUUUGUUCUUUCAUGUGUGCAAAUGUAUAUUUGCAUUGAAUGUUAUAUGGACUGAUUGUUGAUUGAUUCGAAAUAAUUAGGGCAAUAACAUGAUUGUUGUA